AUGGAGAAGAAGUUGUAUGUUGUGGUCUUGCUGCUUCUACUUCUCGUAGUUGAUGGAUUUAUUGUUAGAAGUAAAGCAAACACUUGCUACGCAAAGAGUAGAAAAUAUCGUGGCAGAUGCUACCUAAAGCGCCACGCUGGCAAUUGCAAAACAAUUUGCAAGAAAGAAAAGUUCAAAGGCGGCUUAUGCUCACGUACGUCUUGCUUUUGCUGGAAAAAAUGCCACCCUUUGUUCAGAUCUCCUCCUUCGCCUGAAAUUGGUUCACCAGAGUUGAGUCCACCGGGGAAGGACAAUAGUUGUACCCCACUUACUCGAGACCUAUUGUUUAUGAACCACAUCAAACAAAGACUUGGAUCCGGAUCGGGCCUGGAGUUACUGCUCCCGCACGGUGAUCUUCUCAGGCCGGUGAAGGCUGACGAGGAAGGCGAAAAAGGCAAACAAGACAGAGGGAAGAGGGGAUUGAAAUGGCGCAAGCUGCAAACUAAGCCCCGACCACAACGAGGACGGAGAUCUGAGCCCGCCGCUAGGCCCGGCCUUCACUCCAUCCGAAAUCCCAGAGACCGCCAUGGCGACAUAGAUUUUGGGAGAAGCGCCAUCAACGACCGACAUGGAUCCUCAGGCCUGAUAGAAUUGAUGUCGCGGAAGCAUCGAGAAUCGAGCAUCAUCGGAGAGAAAGCAAGGUUUGGAGAAGAGAGAGAUAUGAGGGGAGACGAUAGAUCGGGCUUGGCGAGAAAGCAAGAUCCGGAGAGGAGAGAGAUGAAGAGAGACGAUGGAUAG